UUAAUUUUCUUGAUGAGUUUAAAAAAAAUUAGAAAAACCGUAUGAUUACGAUGGAUUAGAUACGUAUUUAGAAACUUCAUGAGAUUAAUUAGUACAUAUUAUAUAAUACUUAUACAUAUCAUGGCUAAAUCAGCUGAUUUAACGUGCACAGUGAUGACAGAUACUGCUCGUCAUGUAUUGAUUACUGCGAAGUGCAAUUUAUCGGUAAGAUUCAUAAUUAACAAUAAACGUAAAUGUUUCUACGUACAAGAUAACUAUGAAAAUAUGUUUUACGUUUAGUAUCUUCAACAUGAUUACGUAUAUUAUUUGUAAAAUUUUAUACGAUAUGUUGAGAAUAAAUUUAUUACCAACGUAUAUCGUAAAAUGUAAUUGUGCAGAAUGUGUAAUAUAAAGACGUAUAAUGUCACUUAUCUACUUUCUUUCAUCAUUGUUAAAAGAACACAGGCCAAAGUUAUUUUGAGCAUACCUUGAAGGUUGGUUGCCAACCUCAAAAAUUCAGAAUCUACUUCUUCAAUUUUAUAUAUGAAACAUCAAAUCUUGAUUAAAUUUAUUUAAAAAUGGACUCAGAUUCUACAGAAAUGGUGAAAGAGAUCAAAAACAAGGUAAUAUUACAUUGGAAUUGUCGAGGUCUUGUGGAAUUUCCUGAAGCGAUAAGGAUUUAUGGGGGCCACAUUCAAGAGAUAUAUUUGAAAUGGAAUAAACUCACUACAUUACCUCCGUGGAUUAUAGAACUGUUUAAUGUUACUAAUUUAUAUAUCUAUGGGAAUUUAAUUAAAGAAGUGCCUCUAGAACUUUGUCAAAUGAAUCAGCUGACAGUUCUUGAUUUGAGUGCUAACAAGUUGGAGCAAAUACCUCCUUACAUAGGAAACUUAAUUAGUCUAAAAUCCUUGUUAUUAAAUGAUAAUUCUAUAAGCAAGUUACCAUUCGAAAUGAAUAAAAUGCAUAAUUUAGAAAUCUUAUCUAUUUCUGGAAAUAAAUUUGUUGCACUACCAGAAUGGAUUGGUUCCUUGCCUAAAUUGAAAGAACUAACUGCUGAUAAUAAUUGUUUAAAAGAAUUACCAAAUAGAUUGACUUUAUCUCCACAACUGUCAAUAAUUUCAGUGUGCUCUAACAGGCUGAGGUAUUUACCAUUAAAUGGAUUUGUGUCGUCUCCUUGUAUUAGAUUUGAUGCAAAUGUAUAUUUGAAUUAUUUAUCUUAUCCACUUGUUCAUCAGUUAACAGCUCAAAUUCAAGAUUUAUUUGUCCAAAAUCAAAGAAAUGUUUUAGGCUAUGGAUGUUUUACAACUCAUUGUGAAAACAAUACAUUACGUACAAAUAUAAAAUUAAAAAUAAAAAUAAAUGCAUUGCAUGAAAAGGAUACUGAUUUCACGAUUGAUUUACCACGCCAGCUUUUGAAAGUUCAUAAUAUACAUGAAAAUAAAGUUAUUUCUUUAUGGGAAUUAGCUUUGAGAAAGGUUUAUACUGAAAGGUAUAAACAUACACUUAAUAUUUCUGUAUCACCUAUAAGUAUAAAUGUUCAAUAUGAACCAAUUACAAUAAGAAAUUACCAGAAACUUGAUUUUAACGUUUCAUGUAACUUGCUAAUGAAUGGCCCAAUUAGUAUUUGUGUGAAUUUUCAAUGCCAACAACCAAUUUUUACAGAAGCUUGGAUAAUUAUAGGCAUUAGUCAUUAUACAGAGUCUAUAACAACAGUUGCAUUGUGUUGUUGUAAAAGAUGUGCAGCUGAAUUUUCUAAACAUUCCAAUAUGAUCAUCAGGCAUUCUUGGCAUUGUAUAAAUUAAUGAUAUUUUAUUAAAUUCUGUAAAUAGAUUACACAUAAAAAAAAUAAGAGUUUAAUGUUUGAAAUCA